ACCUUGGAUGAUUCGAACGACCUGUGCGACUGCUUAUGCAAGCAAGCGUCUCUGUCUUGUCCCAGCGGACAGUUCGUCCUGAAGAGUCAGUGUGUCCUUUGCCAUCCCACCUGUUCUCAAUGCAGCGGACAUGAGCUCUUCGACUGUACUUCCUGCGAAGUUGAUGAGAGUGGUGUGGAACGUUUUCUGUUCCAGGGGCGUUGUAGGACCAGCUGCCCCCGGGGUUUCUACCCAGACAGGACACACUACUCCUGCCUGCCCUGCGGAGCCAACUGUGAGCUCUGCAUGGACAACUUCCUCUGUGCCAAGUGCAGAGAGUACUACCGUCUGCAGGAGGGGAUCUGUCAGAAAGGGGACUGUGGUGUGGGCCAGGUGGCUGAUCCUGAAACAGGAGAAUGUAAUGACUGUUACAUGGGCUGUAAAACGUGUUCCACAGAGGACCCAGAGAUCUGCAAUAGCUGCACUGAAGGAUAUUUCCUCUACAGACAACAGUGCCGUCGACACUGCCCCCAGAAGACCUACGAGGACAGGGGUCGUGAUCUGUGUCUGGCAUGUCCAGCCCCAUGUACUGACUGUAGGAGCGACACUGUCUGUCUGGCAUGCGCUCCUGGACACUUCCUUAACAAGGCUGAGUGUGUGAAGCAGUGUCCUGUUCAGACUAUAACUGACGCCAGUGGAAGACGAUGUGUGUCCUGCCACUCCUCCUGCCUGUCCUGCCACGGCCCACGGGCCUCCGACUGUGACCUCUGCCUCUCAGGACAUUCCCCCCUUCACGGACAGUGCCCAUCUCUCAACUGUCCUCAGGGCCAGUACUACGAGGGUUUACAUGGUGUAUGUAACACAUGCAAUGCUUCCUGUAAGACUUGCUUUGGCCCCCAGUCUCUGGAUUGCACUUCCUGUUUCACAGGCUACAUGCUGAAUCAGGACGGGGCGUGUGUAGACCAGUGUCCUCCAGGCUCCUUCUCCAGCCCCUUGGGUCAGCUCUGUGAGGACUGCUCUCCUAACUGUAACACCUGUCAGGACAGCUCUGAUAACUGUGUCAGCUGCCCUCCUGGGUUAAACACUUUAUUCCUGUUCCAGGGACGUUGCCUGGCAGAAUGUCCUGAAGGAUUCUUUGAGACAGAGGAGGGGCUGUGUCAGCCUUGUGAUGUCACAUGUUUGACAUGUGAUGUCACUAAGACACAGUGCCUUUCAUGUGGUGUGGGCUUCUUCCUGGAGGCUGGGCUCUGUCGACUCAACUGUUCCCUUGGGAGUUACCCUGGAGAUGGCGGAACCUGCCGGAGAUGUCCCGCCCACUGUGAUGUCUGCUCUGACGACAGAACAUGUUACAAGUGUAGUUUCCUAUACCUGAUGCUGGAUGGAAAGUGUAAAGCUAGCUGUCCAGUGGGCUACUAUGAAGAUAUGGAGGAGGGGCGGUGUGGUUUGUGCCACCUGACCUGCUCCAGUUGCUCCGGCCCUCUAGUGGAUGACUGUGAGAGCUGCACCUCCUCAACCCCCCAGCUGUACAUGGGUGCCUGCUACCGGACCUGUCCUAAUGGGACCUAUUUUGACAGCACAGCAGCAGAGUGCCAGGAGUGUCAUCAGACAUGUGGCAGCUGCUCCGGGCCAGAGUCCAGGCAGUGUACUCGGUGUGUGAAGGGACUGGUGUUGGAUCCAAGCAGCUUGCUGUGUGGGGUGACGGGGGACACAGCCUGCCCACAGAGGACCUAUCUCCAUGUCGACCAGUUCACCUGUCUUUCCUGCCACCACCUUUGCCAGUCCUGUGCAGGGCCAGGGGAUGGCGAGUGCCAGACCUGUGCCAUGCCCAGAUAUCUUCACAAUGGUUCGUGUGUGGUUGAGUGUCCCACUGGCUCUUACCCCUCCACACAAGAGGCUGACAGGAUAGAGCUGGGCUUCUGCUUCCCCUGUGACCACAUCUGCUCCACAUGCACUGGGGCCUCGCCAAAACACUGCCUUACCUGUGCACCUGGAUACCUGCGUCUCCUGCACCUGUGUGUCUCUCACUGUCCUACAGGGUAUUACAACGUGGGUUCAGCAUGUGAGCGCUGCGCUCAGUCCUGUGAACAGUGUUCUGAUCCUGAGGCCUGCAGCAUCUGCCCUUCUCCCCUGCUGGAGCUUCAGGGAGCUGGGCUGUGUGUGAAGACUUGCCCUGACAGAUUCUACAGGGACCACCUGGUUUGUAAGAGGUGCCACAUCAGCUGCCGCACUUGUACAGACGCCACGCCCCAGGAUUGUGUGACGUGUGACAGGGGCAGUACGCUACAGAACAAAGUGUGCUAUCCGCUCUGUGAGGAGGGACUGUACUUCAGUCAGGCCGAGGUUUGUGAGCCGUGUGACAGCUCCUGCAGACACUGUGUGGGCCCUGGAGCCAACCACUGUGUCACCUGUCCCCCUGAAUAUGCCCUCCAUGCCACCCAGAGAAGAUGUGCCCCCUGCUGCCAGCCAGGAGGGCCUAGGGAGAAUAACACCACAGCCUGCUGUACCUGUGACUUGCCCUCAGCUUUGUGUGCGGAGACUCCUACGCCCCUCCCAUGGUCGAAGGAGGAACAAUCUGAGACCGACCACCUGGAUCUGACCUCUGUUUCUCAGAGACACGCCUCUGCUGCCCUUCCAGUUGCCCUGCUGUUGGCCCUGGGCGUGGGCCUGGGGGCGGUGGGCCUGGUCCGAGCCUGCUCCAGGAGGUCGCUGUGCUGGGCUCAGCGCUAUGAGAGGCUGGGUGGCAGCAACAUGGAGGCCACUCCCCACGGUGUGCCACAGCCCGACAGCGGAGAUGAGGCAGACGUGGUCUACACCUCCAGGGACGGGUCCGUGUGUCGUAGAUGCAGCUUCAUACACAACCAGGACAGGGAUGGAGAGGACGACAACAUCCACCUCAUCUUAGUCACUGACCCAGUUUGUAGACCAUUGUAGACCAGACAUGGUUAUGCCCUGUAGAUUAUUGUAGACCAGACAUGGUUAUGCCCUGUAGAUUAUUGUAGACCAUACAUGGUUAUGCCCUGUAGAUUAUUGUAGACCAGACAUGGUUAUGCCCUGUAGACCUUUGUAGACCAGACAUGGUAAAGCCCUGUAGAUUAUUGUAGACCAG